AUGGCGGACGACAGACCCCUACCGUUACUCCCAGAUCAGAGACCGCCUAAAUUCCCAGCCAGUCUAGGUGCUUGUUUAACAAGAAACGGAGACGAGACCCAUCUUAGAAUAUUACACAGACAGUUUGGAGACUGGACUAGUCGUCAGCCUAUCUAUUUACUGAAUAAGAAAAGAGAAAGUAAACUGAAAUCGGAAAGUCCACGGAAAAAAGGGGAAUUGAAAAUGUUGAGUGAAAGUCACCAACAAGUUUUAUUAAGGAACUAUAUAAAAGAAUAUGGCGAAUCGAUCCACGGUAGCUAUUUGAGACUGAGGUAUAUCAAGAGAAAAGAAAGCAGUGAAUGGUCGUUUAUAGAGAUGUAUUUACAUGUAAAGAAAGACAUGAAAGAUAUCCUUGUUUUUAAUCCUUACAACUUUAUUUACGAUCAACCAAUACAACAAAUUAGUGAGAAGUUAAGAAGAGCUCUAACUAUCUUACCAACUUUAAGAACACCUUCAGAUAUUCUUCUGAUCUUAACUUUUCUAAGAAACAUCCGAUGUUUUAAAGAUUAUCCACCAUAUACUCAAAUAGAAUUAUGUAAAUGUAUGAUUCUACAAACCUAUGAAUCUCGUCGUAUUGUUGUAAAACAGGGACAGCCAGCUUCAUCAUUUUAUAUCAUUAAAUCUGGUACCUUAUUGAUUAAUGUCACAGAAACUAACUUACAUACUGGUAAAACAUUUUACAGAUCCUGUGCCGAAUUGCGGGAUGGCGACUGCUUUGGUGAGGUUGGACUAUUAGAAAGAUGUAAUAGAACUGCUAGUGUUAUCUGUAAAACUGACUGUCAGUUAUUACUGAUAUUACAAGAUGAUUUUGACAGGUUAAUACGCCAACCUUUGAUGAAACAAAAACAGGAACAUAUCGAUUUUUGUCGAAAAGAUUCUGUUAUUACAAGUGAAGCUGGGGAUUUUAAAUAUUUGAUUGUCAUUAUGACAGGUAAAUGUAGAUUAGUGAGUUGUAUAGAAGUAGAUAAGAAUGGUGAUAUUUCUUCAAAUAUUACAAGGUCAAAUAAAAAGAACAGUUUUAAAACUAGAGGAGAUAUAGAAGUUUUAACUCAGAAAUUACCACCAAUCAAGAGAGCUAGGAGUAGCUCUGUUACUAAAGAUACAACUUUUCAACAGAAACAAAGACGUUCGGGCUCUGUGCCCAAUCUUCACCAACAUUUGUUAAAGAGUAAAACAUUUUAUCCAGACUUAAUUGAAGAAGAUGGCGAAGAUGAAGAUGAUGAUGAUGAUGACAGCGGCAGUAUUCAUAUCAAGGUUAAGGUUUAUGAUAGCGCAUCUUUCGAUCUCAAAGGAGGCUUAUCAGAUGGUAAAAAAGGAGAAGAUCUAGUAAGAAAAGUUGAAGAUAAAUUACAGAUAUCACAUUAUAAUAGAUUGCUGAAAAAAGCUGCUGUUUCUCAAAGACUACGGAAAUCUGUGGUGAAAGAGAGUACAGAUUAUGGAAUCUAUGCCCAACUAGCAGAAUUAACAUCGGGAUCAGUUUUUGGUUUAGAGAGUAUUGUAAAUGGAGGAAGAAAAGGUCUGAAGAUUAUAAGUGAUGGUGUCGAAUGUAUAUUUGUAUCUAAAAGAUUAUUUCUAGAAGAAGCUAAUAUCAAGGUCCUCAGUAUUGUCAAUGAUAUGAUGAUGACGUUCCCAAGUGAUGAAGAAAUAACCAAUCAAGUACAAGAAAAAAGAAGCUGGUAUAACUAUAAACAGAAGAUCUUUAAGUCUUCCUUGAAGUAUUCCAAGUAUUUGUAUCGUCAGAAAACUGUUUUAUAA